AUGGAGCUGAAGAGAGAUUUCAUCCUGAUUUCAGUGCUUUUCUGCUGCUGGAUCUGCAACAACUCUGUUCUGGCUGAAGACUGGACUCGUGUCCACACUGAGGACGAGCUCUUCAGGACUUUGUUUGGCGGCUACAGCAAGUGGACGCGACCGGCGCGAAACAUCAGCGACGUGGUCAUCGUCAAGUUCGGCCUCUCGAUCGCACAGCUGAUAGACGUGGACGAGAAAAAUCAGAUGAUGACGACAAACGUGUGGCUGAAACAGGAAUGGACCGACUACAAGCUGCAGUGGAGUCCGUCCGACUUCGACAAUGUGACGUCCAUCAGAGUCCCGUCUGAGCUCAUCUGGGUGCCGGACAUUGUGCUGUACAACAAUGCAGACGGAGAGUUCGCCGUCACCCACAUGACCAAGGCCCACGUCUUCCACACAGGUCGUGUCCGCUGGGUUCCUCCGGCCAUCUACAAGUCCUCCUGCUCCAUCGACGUCACCUUCUUCCCUUUCGACCAGCAGAGCUGCAAGAUGAAGUUCGGCUCCUGGACGUAUGACCGCGCCAAGAUCGACCUGGAGCCCUUCGAGAACACCGUGGACCUGAAGGACUACUGGGAGAGCGGAGAGUGGGCCAUCGUCAACGCCGUUGGAACCUACAACACCAAGAAGUACGACUGCUGCCACGAGAUCUACCCCGACAUCACCUACUACUUCGUUAUCCGCCGCCUCCCGCUCUUCUACACCAUCAACCUCAUCAUCCCCUGCCUCCUCAUCUCCUUCCUCACCGUCCUGGUCUUCUACCUGCCGUCGGACUGCGGUGAGAAGAUCACGCUGUGCAUCUCCGUGCUUCUGUCGCUCACCGUCUUCCUGCUGCUCAUCACGGAGAUCAUCCCGUCCACGUCGCUGGUCAUACCGCUCAUCGGGGAGUAUCUGCUCUUCACCAUGAUCUUCGUCACGCUGUCCAUUGUCAUCACCGUGUUCGUGCUGAACGUGCACCACCGCUCGUCGGAGACGCACACAAUGCCGCGAUGGGUUUGUCGGCUUUUCCUGUCGGCGGUGCCACGCUGGCUGUGCAUGAAGCGACCAGAACACGGUGUCAGGCCUGGGAGGCGACGUCACCUGACUGAUAAACUCCUCCCUCUCCGGACUCCAGGCCCCGCCCACAGAUCAUCCACCUGGGUCACUCAGGAGUCUGACAUCGAUCUCCAUGGUUACCAGGAGGAUGCCUCGGAUGAAACUCACUACUGCGAUCUCCAUGGUUACACAGAUAAUCUAGGGAGGUUUGUGAAGGUAGCCGGCCGGCCGAGGAUUUCUCCCCUCUCUCCCCCUUUCCCUCCAUCUCUGGGUUACAUCCUCCUCCCACGGGGACUCUCCUCCAUCAGCUCGGACACCCCUCCUGUGCAGCAUGGCUCGACCUGGAGCCCGUCGGCCUCCGCUCUGUCCCCUGCGGUGGUUUCGGCCCUGGAGGGGGUGACCUACAUCGCGGAGCAUCUCAGAGCCGAGGAUGCCGACCUAUCAGUGAAGGAGGACUGGAAGUAUGUGGCCAUGGUUGUGGACCGGAUCUUCCUGUGGAUGUUUAUUAUGGUGUGUCUGCUGGGGACCGUCGGACUCUUCCUGCCUCCGUGGCUCUCUGGGAUGUUUUAG